GCUGAUACCUGUGCUGGUAAAUGGUAUGAGAUAUUCAGAGAUAGAUAUUAUUUUGCUGAAGGGGAUAUUGAAGAAGAUGAAGCUAUUCCAGAUAGUGAACAGGACAUAAGACCUCGUUUUCAUCGUUCACGGACAAUGGCUCAGCAACAUGAAGAAGAUGGUAUUGAAGAUGAUGACAGUGAUGAUGAUGAACUUGAUGAUGAUGAUGAUACUAUUUCUGACUGGAAUUUAAGGAAAUGUUCUGCUGCUGCUUUAGAUGUCCUGGCCAAUGUAUUUCAUGAUGAACUUCUGCCAUACAUCUUGCCUCUUUUGAAGGAACUGCUCUUCCAUCCCGAAUGGGUAGUUAAAGAAUCUGGAAUUCUUGUGCUUGGAGCAAUUGCUGAAGGUAAGGCAACAGUGCAUAUCAGAUUGCUGAAUUUUUAAUUGGCUCUA